UUUGUUAGAUUGUUUAGUAUUAUAACUCUACAAUUGUAUUUACUAUUAACGUUGUACGAAAUAUCGUAAGUAUCGAUAUGAAUUAUCAUCCGAUAGUUCUAGUUCUGCGAACUAGAACUAUGAGAGAACGAGUGAUCGGAACUGGGGUUCAAUGGGCACUUUUGGCGGUAUCGACAAGACGAGGAGGUUGAAAAGAAUUAAGUAAAAAUAAAAUCAUAAAAAGCACGAAACAUCCAUGGACCUUUUGCGCCAAUAACUUCAGAAGUGGGAUUCAGAAGCCCUUUAAAGUAUCUGCCUACAUAAGUAUUUGUCUUCUGGCAUCCCCGACAACGAGUAUUUUCCACAUUUUAUAAAUGGCAGAGGAAACCAUGGCAAACAUUGACAAAGAACAAAUUGUAGAGUGGUUGCUGGAGAAGGAGAUCAUUUUUCCAGCCAGCGCAACACUAAGGCAACUUCGUAAACUUGCCAUAAGUGGUGGAAUGGACGAAGUUUCUGAAAGUCCGGUGAAUAAAUCGGAUAUUGAAUCGGAUGGAAAAGUGUCUGAAAAUGAGCAGAUCGACGAUAUGAAAGAAGAAGAAUUACUUGACGCCGCAAUAAGGGUGGCUGAGAAAAAGAAGAAACUGGCUGCCUUAAUGGUAAUGGACAACUAUAUGACCGAUGACAUCCGAAUGGUCAAGCAACUUAUUGCCCCUUUUUCUGCCAGUGAAAAUGAUGAAGCCUCUGAAUGGGUCUUGAAUUUUGAACGGAUUUGCGGAGGCGUGAACGAAAGCAGCAAUUUUAAGCUUCGUUGUGUGCGCAUGUUGAUGAAGGCGGGAACAGAGGCGGACUUGUUCAUGCGUGUCGACAAAUCAAAGACUUACGACAAGUUUAAGGGAAACUUCCUAAAAACUUUUGGCCGCAGCAAUUCAACUGCCGACGUGGUACUUCUGUUGAAGGAAACCUUUUUCAACCCGGAGAAAAACUCCGUAAUGGGAUAUAUUCUUCGCAUGGAAGAAAUUGCUAUGCGUGCCGACAUCGAAGAGAAAUUGACAGUGCAGUUCAUCAUUGAUGGUUUUCGUGAUCGAUCUUCCAGUAUCGCCUUAUUGUAUUCAGCGUCGACCAUCGGAAAACUUAAGGAGCUAGCUCGACAAUACGAGGCUUUGAGGAAGAGUACCCAGACAAAUUUUAAGCGCACUGAGAUGACCGCUUCCGGAAAUGUCCGGAGCCAGGUGCGCUGCUAUAAUUGUUCAGCACAUGGCCAUUAUGCUUCAUCGUGUCCCGCACCUAAGCGGGAGAAGGGAUCGUGUUUCCAGUGUGGAUCCAUGCAGCACCAGGUGAAGGAUUGCCAACAGAAGCCUAUGCCAACCCAGCGAUCCGUGGGUACAGCCAGCAACCCGCCAAUAGACGACAGAGAGGAGAACAAUAUUUUUGUUCCUAUUGUUAAUCAGGUAGGGGUAUAUUUUUACACUGAUAUAAAACGCAGGUAUCAAAUUAAAUUUCUUUCUGGCAUGUUGGACACCGGUAGCGCUAUUAAUUUGAUGCAGCGCUCGGCGAUACCUUAUGAAAAUUUUGAUGGUGUACUAAGACCGACAGAGUAUUUUGGAGUUAACGGUUCGAGAAUAAGCAUUUUUGGAAAAAUAAUUGUCAAUUUAGUUUUUCAUAACAUUGAAAAAGAACUUAUAUUUGUCGUUGUACCAAACAACUAUAUUUCGUGUAAUGUCCUUCUGGGGCGCAGUUUCCUUGAAAAUUAUGGAACAAAAUUAAUUUUUGAAAAUUACAUUGAAAAUGUAAAGCGAGUUACGCAAAGCAAUAUGGUCUCAAUUGAAAAUAGAGUAUUAGUGAACAGUGACUUAGAUGAAAAUAGAGUAUUAGUGAACAGUGACUUAGAUAAAAAUAGAGUAUUAGUGAACAUUGAGAGUGACCAAAUUGAAAAUGUAGUAUUGACAAAUAGAGAUAGUGAGAUGAUGUUAUCAGAUAUCAAUAAUAAUGGAUUAUUAAAGGAUGAAAAUUAUGAGAAUAAGAUUAGUGACCAAUUGAAUUGUAAUAACAUUGACCUUUUAUUGAAAGAUAACGAGCAAAACCAUAUGGCAAGUGAAUCAUUAGAAAGAACCGACAUAGAUAUACCGUAUAUAUAGUAUUGAAAUAACAAAAGAAGAGGACAGCUAUAAUAUCGACCCAAAGCGAACUGAUAAAGAACGUAGUAAAUUCAUGGAAUUGAUAAAACUUAACUAUUCAGACUUAACUAACAAUCCAGCAAUUCAACAUAACUACGAAAUGAAUCUCAAACUUAAAUCAGAAGAACCUGUACGCACUGUUCCGAGAAGACUUUCAUAUCAGGAGAAAAAAGAAGUAGAUACUCAAAUAGAUGAACUAUUGAAAAAAGGCUUCAUAAGAGAAAGUAAAUCGCCUUACAGCUCUGCAAUAGUAUUAGUUAAGAAAAAAUCAGGGGAAAAAAGAAUGUGUGUAGAUUACAAACAGCUUAAUAAGAUUUGCAUUCGUGAUGGAUAUCCAUUGCCACUAAUAGACGACUGCUUAGAGAGAUUAGAAGGGAACACAAUUUUUACACUUUUAGAUUUGAAACACAGUUAUCACCAAGUAAAAGUAGCAGAGAGUUCGGUGCAGUAUACAGCAUUUAUCAUACCUAGCGGACAAUAUGAAUACACAAGAAUGCCUUUUGGACUUAUGAAUGCACCAGCAGUAUUUAUGAGAUUUAUUAAUUUCAUUUUACAACUAUUAAUUCGCGAGGGUAAUGUAGUAGUUUAUAUGGACGAUAUCGCUAUAGGUUCCAAGUCGUUGAAAGAACAUCUUAUAACAGUAGGUAGAGUUUUAAGAAUUCUCGCAGAAUAUCGACUAGAAAUUAAGGUUAGUAAAUGUCAAUUUGGUUAUGAAAGUAUUGAGUUCUUGGGAUAUACCCUUUCUGGUAGGGGAAUAAGCUCAAACUGUAAACACACAGCAACCAUUAAGCAUCUGCCAUUGCCAAAAGAUCGCCAUGAAAUGCAAAAGGUUUUGGGAUUAUUCUCUUGUUUUAGGCGUUUCAUCCCUGCUUACUCAAAAAUAGCAAAACCAUUACAAUAACUUACAAAACCUGGAACUAAGUUUGAGCUUCAAGACAAAUGCAUACAAAUUUUUGAAUAUCUUCGAGAAAAACUGAUUUCGUCACCAGUAUUAGCUCUGUAUAAUCCAAAUCGAGAAACAGAAUUGCAUUGUGAUGCAAGUAGUGAAGGCUUUGGUGGAAUUUUGUUGCAGAAACAAGAUGACAAUAAGUUUCACCCAACAGCAUAUUUUUCACAGAAAAACGUUAGCUGUGAUCUAUUCAUUGAGGAAAUUUCGAAUUUAUUUAGAAGGGAUUCCGUUUAGAAUUAUAACAGAUUGUAACUCAGUAGUUUUAUGUUUAGGAAAGGGGCGUCUUCAUUCAAAUAUCGCCAGAUGGGCCAUAGAGCUAGCAAAUUAUAAUUACACUUUAAAACAUCGUAGUGGAAAAUAUAUGUCCCAUGUGGACACUGUUCGGGCCAGCCGCUGAAGAAUAACCGUAACUUU